ACCCCGCUCGGGGCGCCUUCCUCGGGGGAGUUUUGCGCCCCUCCCUCGCUCCCUCGCCACUUUGGAGAGAGGCUUUCCGAGCAGGGCGGCACAGGGGGGCGAUGGAGAUGAAGAAGCGCAUCACCCUGGAGUUGAGGAACCGAGCGCCCGAGAAGGUGGCUGAACUGGUCCUUGACAACUGUCGGUCUAGCAAUGGUGAAAUUGAAGGUCUGAAUGACACGUUUAAAGAACUAGAGUUUCUCAGCAUGGCCAACAUAGAGUUGACGUCCUUGGCCAAACUCCCCACUUUGACUAAGCUUCGAAAGCUGGAACUAAGCGACAACCUAAUUUCUGGAGGCCUGGAAGUCCUGGCAGAGAGAUGUCCAAAUCUCACAUACCUAAAUCUGAGUGGUAACAAAAUCAAAGACCUCAGCACCGUGGAAGCCCUUCAAAAUCUUAAGAACUUGAAGAGUCUUGAUUUAUUUAACUGUGAGAUCACAAACCUGGAAGAUUACAGAGAAAGUGUGUUUGAGCUGCUUCAGCAAAUCACGUAUCUAGAUGGAUUCGAUCAGGAUGAUAAUGAAGCCCCCGACUCAGAAGAUGAAGAGGAUGAAGAUGGGGAUGAAGAUGAAGAUGAGGAAGAUGAAGACAAGGCUGGUCCCCCAGGAGAAUAUGAAGAGAACGAUGAGGAAGAUGACGAUGGCUCAGACUUGGGGGACGGUGAAGGUGAAGAAGAGGAGGAGGAGGAAGUGGGCCUUUCAUAUUUGAUGAAAGAAGAGAUCCAGGAUGAAGAAGAUGACGAUGAUUAUGUAGAGGAGAGAGAGAAUGAGGAAGAGGAAGCUGAAGGUGUCCGAGGGGAAAAAAGAAAACGCACAGCUGAAGACGAAGGCGAUGAGGACGAUGAUUAAGUUGUAGGGGAUGGAAAUAGGACCAGAUUAAUUUUUGUUGCAGGAUACGCAAUAGUGAUAUUCAGACUCGUAUGUCUCCAUGUAUCAUAGGUAUCCCUACAGAAGAUAUUAAUGUGUUAACUUUUUAUAGGAAGUGUGUUUCUACUAUUUUUGCCCUUUUUAUCAUUCCAACUAAGAUGUAAUAGCCCAAUAUUGAUGAUGUGCAUAGAACACAGUUUUCACCCCCUUUUAAUCACUGAACUAGUUGUCUUCUCCCUAGAAACACCCCCAGCCCAGGUUUUUCCCCACCUACUGGGUUUUCAUGUGAGCAUGCUGCUAGUUUUAGCCUCAGAUAAACAAAACAUUCUACAGAUUUCAGACUUUUAAGACAGUACACUGAAGUCAAAUGUACUACAACAGGAUAACCAACUUUUUAUUAGAAAGAUCUAUACCGGAGGUGAAAUUGGAACUAUUUGAAAUCAAGAGCUUGGAUGCCUAAACAGGCUACGUCCUGGAUUUCCUGUUCUUCAGUCUGUCCCUCCCUCCUCUUCUGUCUUGCACAUGCACACGCCUACAUGUCUCUGUAGAGAACAUUCUGCACAUCUGUAAGGAACCCAUAGGAUCGGCUCUCUUAUUGAGUCUAGCUUUUUCCAAAACACUUGAAAGACAAAAAUACCCCUUGAAAAGAUAACAUAGAAAUACCUUCCAUUUAUUCAAGUUUAUAAUUAACUUUGUGUUCUCUUUCUGACUAUUAUAUUCCUCCAGGCCAAACAGGAACCCAUAUUUCUGGUGCAACUUUCAGCUUUAAUUUUUAAACCCUGAAACUUUCAGUCUUUCAUUAAUAACUUUUUAAAAAUGGGAGGGACUAUAUAUAUAAUCCCCAGAUGCACAAAUUGGCAAGUAAUUAAUUUGGGUUAGGAUAAAAACCAGUGGCCCAGGCACAGAGCAAAGGAAAGGAGCGAGUUGUGGAGCGGGGGAGAAACACACGAGUUGGCAGCCAUUGAAUUUCUCUUUCCCCUGCCCCAAAGGAGCUAGUUGGCUGAAUCAUGAAAAGGGCUACGGAAAAUGGUGGACCAACUGGCAAUUGACUGUGGGCUAACUUUAGCUUAUAGGCCUCCAGUUCUUUCCCUUAAAGAAUGAAAAACUAUUGUAGGAAAUUAUUCAUCAAGUUUUCUUGGUUUGACUUUUAGAAAGCUUCACAAAUUUGUUUGCCGCACAUAUCCAACAAGACAAGUCCUUUCAUGGGGGGGGGGGGGGGAAUGAUGAUUAUAAACUGAUCAUGGAUAAUACUUUUCUUUAUGCAGGUUGCUUUUCAAAACCCAAUAGAAAACUGGACAUACCAUGCUCCUUUGGUUCUCAAUUAUGACUACUUGUAUUGUGAAAUAAAUAUUUUUCCCAAAUAAUACACAGCUGUAUUCAAGAGAGACUAUUUUUUUAUCUGUCCUGCCUAGGAGAAGCUGUCAUUAAUUUGGGUUAGGAUAAAAGGGGUAUUUUUGCAUAGAUAACCCCUACGAUAGUUGCCUGUGAAAAUAAAUAAUACAUUACACACAUCCCUCUUAGUAUGUGACAUCAGACUCUUAAUUUAGUUUUGAUGGCACUGCAUUCAAGAAGAUCAGCAAAACCUAGUAAUUUUUUCUUCUGAAUUAUCAUUCAUAGAGUGGUAUAGCAUAGCUAAUUUUAAAGGCGUUUAAGGAAAAUUGAAUACAGAAGGCAAUUUAGUAGAAAUUUUGGAUAUUUUUAAAUAUCUUAACUAAAAGGACUUGGCAAAGCUUUAUCCCAAUCAUGUUAUGACAUUUCUGUUUGAAUAAUGAAUUUGAAAAACGUAAAAAAGUGUACACUGUGUUGUCCUGGAGGUUCUGUGUUUAAUGCAGUUGCUUUAUAUUAAUCCUGAUUUUUCAAGGUGUGUUCUUUCACAUAAUCUUUUGUUUCCUGAGGUUUAAUUUUAUUUAGUUUCAGCAAAUACUAAAACCUUUCCAUUACCAAGAAAAGAAAAGUAUUCAAACAUAGCGGUUAGCGUAUAAUACAUCUCAUACAUAAUGUGCUCUGUCCAUCGUCCUGCAUAUGCUGUGAUGUACACCCCGCGUCCCUUGUGCUGCGAUGUUCACUCCAUAUCAGUAGAAGGAAUAGAUUUCCGCAUAUAAAAGAAUCUCCUCUAAUUUGAUUCCACUGCUGAAAUUAGUGGGUGAGGGAGCAUCCCAGGGAUGCAAUAGGACCCCUGCGUCAAUGAAAAAAAGCUUAUACAUAGUACAUAUUUAAAUAGUUUUACAACUAUACUCUAAUGAUCUUUUUUAUAGGAAAGGUAACACAACCAGCUAAAUACAUUGCCACAGUUCUGAGUUGUCAGCUUGGUGUUGCAAACUAAUAAAAUUGUGUGUGUUUUUCUUAACAUAAACAAGAUUAACACAGAGCCUCUGAAUAACUUUUGAAUAACUUUUUUUUUUGGCUUGGUGGGUUCUUUAAUGAAAAUAUUUAAGGGUGGGUUUUAUAUUUUGUAGAGAUUUUGUCCUACUUGAAUGCUCUUUAUAUGGCAGUAUGUAUAUAGUGUGUUCAUUUCCUUUUCAAAUUCUAAAAACAAAAAAACCAACACAAACUUCAAGGUAUUUUUCUUUGUGCAACUGUGUUUUGAAAAAGCCAUGACAGUGUUAAAUAAACAAAUUCCUACCGCACACUUCUGAUGAAUUUUAGUUGUAACAGAAUGUGAGUGUCCACCCUACCCCGUGUGAUGUAAAUUUUAAAUUAAAGGUUUUCAAUCUGAA